AUGCCGGCGACCCGGAACUAUGGGACUCCGCGGAAACAGCAGUCGCGCGGGGACUUGUCAGCGUCAAUGGCGGUGAACGGAGCCAGCUCAGCUUCUGUUGCAAUGUUGAACGCCAGCUACAGCUACGAAAGCGGAGAGAGUAGCGCCGUGUAUGAAUACAACAGCCAGCGCAGCGAGGAACCGUCUUGGGACGGGUAUGGAGACCACCCGAGCUCACUGCGUCGACGACCGCCGGCCGUUGAAUCCAUGAUGGAGUCGGCUCGAUUGAGUGAUAAGCGAUUGCACGAAGUGGCUGCUGCGGCUGCUUCCAGUGUGAACUGGGGCGAACUCGACAUGGAACUGGCUGCAGCGAGUCUUAGUGAAAAGCACGAAAGCGUCUGGAAGCGAAAGAAGCUCCCGCGAGGCUACACGAACAGCGACGCUAUGAAGCUCUUCACUCGUCUCACAAUUCGUGACCGUCGACAUCAAACGCGUUGGGGACCCAAAGGGUUCGCUGUUCUAGCAGAGGGAUCUCUACCUUGCACCGUGCAGGAAAUGCGUCUUGUGUUUCGCGUAGCUUCCACUGACAUGUUUCGUGAUAUGAUGCGCUGUAUUUACCGUCGGGAAUUUGUCGAGGGCGAGCUCUUGCGUACGAUCAAGAUACAGCGAGGAGCUGGAAACCCAGCGAGAGCAUUCGAGAACAGAGAGUUAUCCGUCAAGACUGCAACUUUCGAAAGCGGAAGCAUGUUCUCCAAGAACGAAUCGUGGUGCUUUCUGGAGUUGCUGCAUCCUCGUAACCGAGCAAAAGAAGAGCAGUCGGCACGAAGAACAGCUUCGUCCACUGCCAGCGCGGUUAGCGCCACGCCUCCGCCGGCUUUCACACGAACACUUGUAUCCAUCGCACGUUCCAGUGUCGUCCUGGAUAACGCACUUACACCGCCGCCGCGUUCUCCGCCGCAUGUACCGAAUGUCGUCAUCAAUUACUCGUUCGAAGAAGAUCCCAGUGGUCGAGCCACUCGCGUGGUUUUCCACGGCGAAUAUUUGCCACCGGAUGCUCACGAUGCGUUCAAACGUGCAGGCCACGAACGACGUGUAGCGCGUCUCUGGAUGCUUCGUCUUGCUGCGAGUUGUCAUCGAUUCCUUCUGGUUGUACGACGACGUCGACUUGGAAUGCAGGUCAUCAUCAACAGCACGCGUCUUCCACUCGAGACCGUCGCCAAUGUCCCUCGUUGUGCUUGUUGCCGUCGCUCGUUCUCCAAGUUCUUCAAACGCACAAGAAAACGCUUGUGCUGUCUGUGCGGCUUCCUUGUCUGUGAGAAGUGCGCACACGCCCAAGAGCGCGAACACCGAGCGCGUGGUGAUACCCGUCCACAGAUCGAACAGGUUCGAGUGUGUGAACGCUGCCUCGUUCGUGUGGAUCGAGCUCGAUACACCGCAGUAACCGAGGAAGAUCUGCGUCCAGCGCGAGUGAUUUCAGACUCGCAGUCUCCGAUUGGCCGUGCGAACAGUACUCCAGGUGGCAGUCUUCGUGGCGUUGGCUCUCGACGCACUCGACCCACACUGAAGACACGUCCGGCGUCUUUAAAUGAUCUGUUGCUUGAGACCUUGGCAGACGCAACCGCAGGUGGCGAAGCUCAACGCAAACGUAAAGCCAGCGUGUUGAGUGUCAUGAAGGAUAUUGUAGACGAAGAGCGCGCUCGGAGACGAUCAAGCACUGCAAGGAUCCGUAGUGCGUCAGCAGGAGUCUCGAAAAGGGGAUUGCCUUUACUCGGGGAACGUGACGAAGAGACUGACGAUGGAGAAACUGAACAAACCGACGACGAACCAAUUGAUGAUGUGGAGCGUCUCAAACGAAUGUGGGGCGAGUCGCCACGCUGGGAAGACGACUAUCCGCUUGCUAAUGCCGACUCGAGAAGCUACCAGAUCGAGUUUCCUCAAGACCCGAUGGAAGCGAUCAUUCCACCGAUCCCUUCUAACGAGUAUAAGCGUCUAGAACUCAUCCGCCGACAGCAGCUGAAUGAACUCGGCGACGUACCUGAACUUGGCAUCAUCUGCUCACUGGCUUCGAAGGAGCUUGCCUGCGCUGUGAGCAUGAUUACUGUCGUUGACAAGGCUCAGCUUCAUGUGCUGGCUUCCACUCAUCCGGCAGUACCUGGUGGUAUGUCGUAUCCGAGAGAGCAGGGCUUCUGCGCACAGACCAUUCUGGACCCCCAUCCACUUGUAUCGCGUCACGUCCAGGCCGAUGUACGCUUCAGUGCCAUGUCGAGUGUGCGUAAGAUGGGCAUUAACUUCUACUGCGGCUUCCCGUUGAUGGGGUCGGACGGCAAGACGGUCAUCGGCUCCGUGUGCUGUGCCGAUCCGCAUGCCCGUGACCUCACACGAUCGCAGUACGCUGCCAUGAGCAGUCUAGCCAGCACAGCUUCACGUGUUGUUCAACGUGCUGCCGAGAAUCGAGCAGUGCGUGAAGACUCCGCUGAUGUUUAA